CCCGUCGUUCCAUGCAUCCGCCUCCCGCUUCACCGCCCAGUAGUCCGCCAGCUGCAUGCCCACGCCCAACAGUCUGGCCUUUGGUGCAGAGGAGGUGGGCGCCCGCUUCACGCCCGCUCCACGCCCGCUUCACACGCCCAGCCUCCACCGCGCGCUCUCCUCCGCCACGGCCCAACGCCUGAUCAACUCGCAUGGCAGAUCGAAAAGCAAACAUCCGCCGCUGCUCUUUCUCACGCGCUGCGACGACGACGACUCGCCUGCGGGCGUGCAUGCAGGAUGUGAUCAGGGGCCUUGGCAGCGAGAUCCCAUUAGCUCCUCGCAUGCUCCGCGCGCCCUGUGCUACCGGCUAUCACCAUUCUACACCUCUUCCUCGACUCUCGCUAGCCUGCUGUGUCCCCUCGACUGUCUCUCUCCCUGUGUCUCUGCAAUCCGACCACGUUCCCUCGCGCCGGCGCGCCGCUCCCCUAGCCAACGGUAUCAUCCGCAACCGCAUCGGGCCCCGCGUCUCCGGCAACCCUCGAGCUGGCCCGGCUUCCCUCGUGGCGCCCAAGUCGCGUUGCACAAAGGCCCGGCCAGCCUGCUUCAACUGGUGUCACGUGUGGGCGCAAAAACUUGGUCAUUCAAUAAAUCAUGGAUCGCAUGCAACUGCCGUGCAACCUCUCUAUUCUUAGUUCCUUUCCACUCAAAUCCGCCACAUACUCUUCUCCCCCGUCCCGCUCACUCUAUGCUGAUGCAAAGCGACUGUUGCCCCUGAGUCUCUGGCCAAAUCGAAAGAAGAGGAUGGGGAA